GAGUACUCGGAUAUCUAAUUUAUCUGUCCUUGUCAUAUUACAGGUUUCUACCUGACAUUUACGUCUAAAUCACGUGAUCCUAUACAGGUAGGUGGACCAGGAACAAUAAACACCUGUGACCCGCCAUGUUGGAUUUUGAAGUUUUUCAAUACUAUAACAUUGUGGUUCUGAAGUUGUAUGUAAAAAUAAUCUCUGGAAUCCUUUGAACAUGCAGAAUUAACCACAUUGUACUGACCAAGAACAACAAUUUGUCAUCUACAUGUAGAUUGUGGACAGAGAAUGUUGCAACCUUUAAAUCCCACGGGUAGCUGGGAGACCAGGGACAAAGAUUAAACGCCCAGAACCCGCCAUGUUGGAUUGUGAUGUUCUGUAGAUGGAUUAGAAUUGAAUAAAUGCCUAUCCCCCUAGAUAGUAAACAAAAGGAUCCCUGACCAUGGACCCCUGGAACAGCGCCCAGGAUGUUGUCCGCUGCACCCUGUGUCGGGACUCUGUGGCCCCCAUGUACUGUGAAGUUUGUCAUAUACAUCUGUGUAAAGACUGUGUAGAGAAACAUUUCUCUGAUUCCUCUAAAGUCCAUAAAGUGGUGCCACUAAAACAGUAUCUAACCACUCUGAACUAUCCCAAGUGUAGGAAACACCCCACCAAACAAUGUGAACUCCACUGUGAACAAUGUGACAUUCCUAUCUGUGUACAAUGUAUUUCUUCUAAAAAACAUUUAGGACAUAUACAAGUUGACAUUCUUAAAACCUUCGAAAGCAAAACGGAAAAGUUGCAAAAAGAUUUGCAAGAAUUGGAGAAAUUCAUUUAUCCUAAAUACAAAGAGAUUGCCUCAAAUAUCCCAGUGCAGAAAGCUGAUCUGAGUAAAAACUCCCAGAAAUUUACAACAGCAAUAGACAAACAUGGAGAAGUCUGGCACAGAGAAAUAGACACCAUUAUACAGAAACUGAAAUCUGAUCUUGAUGAAAUGGACGCCAAACACCUGGCUGUCUUAAACAAACAGGAAGAUGAAAUCACACACACCAUUUCUGAAAUCACACAGAGCAUUGCAGAUCUGAAGAAGUUACUGGACUCCAAUGAUGUCAGCCGUGUCUCUGCCUACAAAUCCAGGAUUACUGAAUUCAGAAGAUUGCCUCCUAAACUCACAGUUUCUCUACCAAACUUCACCCCUCAGAAAAUUAACACAAAACAACUUUACCAACAAUUUUGUUCCCUGUCAGCAUUCUCCAUUACAACAGAGGAACAUGGCUACACCAUGGAAACCUCAGAAGCUGGAUCCUCUCCUCUCAAACCACUGCUUGAUGAGCCACGGAUCAUCUCCACCAUACAGACACAGUAUGGAGACUAUACUAAUUUUCUAACCAGUGUUACUUGUGACAGUGAUGAAGAAAUCUGGGCGUGUAGUUAUAUUAAUAAGAUGAUGAGUCUCUACAACCUGCAGGGGGAACUAGUGAAGUCAGUCCAAACCAAGUCAGGGAACGCUCUAUACGACAUAGCAGUGACAAGGCGUGGGGAUCUAGUUUAUACUGAUAUAGGUGAUAGAACUGUGAACAUAGUGCAGAAUACACAGAUACAGACAGUGAUCAGACUACAGGGGUGGAGACCUCGCGGUGUCUGUAGUACCUCCUCUGGUGACCUCCUGGUUGUCAUGGUCAGUGAUGAUAAACAAACAAAAGUUGUGUGUUACUCUGGCUCCACGGAGAAACAAAGUAUUCAGUACGACGACAAAGGACAACCUCUCUAUUCAUCUGGUGACUAUAAAUACAUCAGUGAGAACAGGAACCUAGAUAUCUGUGUGUCAGACCAUGGAGCCCGUGCAGUAGUGGUGGUCAAUCAGGCCGGGAAACUCCGGUUUACCUACACUGGUCCUCCCUCUACUACCAAGGAAUCAUUCUAUCCAUACGGCAUCACAACAGACAGCCAGGGUCGGAUCCUGACAGCAGACUGUACCUAUAGCACCCACCGUAUCCACAUCCUGGAUCAGGACGGACAGUUCCUCCGCUACAUUGACAACUGUCAUUUACAGGGUCCAUAUGGUUUAUGUGUGGACACCAGAGACAACCUCUUUGUGACUGAGUACAACACAGGUAAAGUGAAGAAAAUACAAUAUUACAUGUACCGGUAAAUCAAUUUACUGCAAUGAAUAAAAUGUAAUGAGACAAACAAAGUAUAAUUACAUACUGUGUAAAUAUUACCAGUAUUAAAGAACCGUUUUACAUUGCACCUGAACAUACUGUGUACAUUAGAUUAGAAUACAUUGUGUGUUUGUAUCGUAUAUAGGUAUUUAUCCUUACAGAUAAAAUAUAUAUAAUAUGUGUUAUUGGGCCAUGUUUAUUUUUUAUACAACUAUCACUAUCUUCAUAUGUUGUAUGUAACAAUUGUAUCACAUGUAAACAACUUGACCAUAUCUAUCAGAUGUAAGCACACUGACUGUUGACUGUAUUGUGUAAAACAUGUAGGCUUUCAUCAUGAGUUUGACCAUUACAUAUGUCCUCAAACUAUGUGUGUUUGAACAACAAAUUUUUUAUGAAAACUAUGAAUUGUUUCUUUAAUAUUACCACGAUUACCGGUACAUGUAGCUGACUAUUGUUGACAGUUUAUCUAUAACAUGUUAUAAUAAACAGUCUUUGUUUUUAACAUAAAAAAAGCCAAUGGUCUCUAUAUGUUUAAUUUAAAUGUGGUUAUCAUAUCUGAGCAAACUUUUAGUUACAUGUACAUGUAUUAAUGACGAAGGUUAAUGGACGUAUAGAACUCAAUUCUUUACCAGCAAUGGAGCGAGGCCACAAAGGGACUGAGGCCCAUCACUUAUAAAGAUGAGUGGUACAGGUAUAUUAACCAAUCAGAAUUUACAUUGUCAGACCAUAAUUAUCAUCUUUACUUACCUUUGAUCUUAAGAAUUAGAGUAGUCGUUAGUGAUUUCUAUCAACCUUGUUUUCUCUGCUGAAUGUUCAAAUCUUCAGAAAAUCCACAUCCAAAGAGUUCAGGUCCUAAUGUUUUGGUUUUUUUCUUUGAGUGUUUUAUUUCCUGCAUGAUCUAAUCGGACUUUUUCCUGAAAAUGUAUUUAGAAAAUAAGUAUAUGUUUUUUAUACAUGAUUAUGCCAUGUAUGAAGUUUGUGAGCUUUAAUCAAUAAAACUUUUAA